AUCUCCAUUUAUACCUAAAGCCAUUCUUCCCUUCGUUUUCAUGGAAGAGGAAAGAGAUAUUGCAUUCUCUCUCUAGGCAAUACUCCUCUCUCUCUCUUUCUUCCUCUGGGUCAGUAUCUUUCUUUUCGUGCCUAGCAAUCUGGGAAUCCUGCAAUUAUGGCUGCACCUCUUCCCGCGAUGCUGCAGCAUUUAUUAUUUGCCAUUCUCCUAUCUCCAGGCCUGCCUUCUCACUGUCUUGUUCUCUCUCUCUCUAGUUUCUUUGUUAUAUAGUCUUCGAACAUUGUACCCCUGGAAAUCAUAACCCACUCAUGACCUAAUAAUCACGGAAAAAAGCUUCUAUUUAUCCCAGUACUCCCACUCGAUUUCCUUCUCAUCCCUCACUCUACUCCACCACCUCUGGCUCUCUUUCCAGCCCUUCUUUCUUCCAAGAAGCUGCUCUUCAUUUAGGAGUUAAUUCUCAGCAGGGAAACUCUUUACAUAUUGCUGAUCCCGAUCUUCCACCUUCUGCCUCAUCGAGCUCAAAUGUCAACCAUCUAUCCUGAUCUCUCACUCCACAUCAGUCCACCAUCGGUCUCCGUCGACGGAGCUUCGAUGAUGGGGGCUUUUGGGGGGGAGGCAGGUACGAUCUCUGGUAGCAGCGAGGGCGACAUGGGACACGAUGAAGCCUUCUUGCAGAAUGACCACGGCGGGGAGUUAAACCAUGCUGAACCGAGGUUGAGCCUGGGGCUCCAGUCACCAGGGUCAAGUCUCAGCAAUCACCAUGAGAAGCUUCAUCGUCCUCAGAUCUGUGGAUUUAAGCGGAGUUCGAGGUCGGCCCAUGGAGGGAAGAGGAGCGUUAGGGCUCCGAGAAUGAGGUGGACGUCCACCUUACACGCACAUUUCGUUCAUGCGGUGAAGCUCCUCGGCGGCCACGAGAGAGCUACGCCAAAAUCAGUGUUGGAGCUGAUGAACGUCAAGGAUCUCACACUUGCUCAUGUAAAGAGCCAUCUGCAGAUGUACAGAACAGUGAAGAGCACUGACAGAGGAGAGGCAGGUCAAGGUCAGGCAGAUAUGGGCAUUAGCCAGAGGACAGGGAUGGAGGAAGUGGAGGGAGGACUGCCAUGUGAUAAAGCUGGGAGUGAGAUCACUUCAUCUUAUCAUUCCCUCAGCACACCAACCCCACCAACCACACAGGUCAAAUCUCCUAGAGAGAUAUAUCCAUCUGCAGAGAGGCAUGCUUGGAACCCAUCAAUCAAACAAAAUGGAUUGGCAUAUCCCUUCUUCAGAAGUGAUGAUUUGCUAAGCAAUGACUACCAGGCACUGGUGGAAGAUCAACCACAAGUACUUACCCAGUCACAGGAACAACGGCUAAACCUGGUGCCAAACUCCAUUGGUGCUGCACAUACCAAGAUGCCUGACCUUGAAAUCUCCUUAGGCAGCCAUGACGCUUCUAAAAUGCUUGUGAAUUAUAUAGCUUGAUCAUUUAAAGAAAUCUGGAAGAAAAAGGAGAAAGAGAUCCUGAUGGUACUGAGAUAACUUGUUUUGGUGGUGUUCAAGUUUUGCUUGGAAGAUGAUGAACUCUCGCUGUCGAGAAUCUGCAGGAGAGCCAAACACAACCGGUGAGUUAUGUGCCUGUAAAGUCUGGUCUCUGGAUAAUUUAGGGUGUGACUGUGUAGAUCAUUCUGACAAGACUCUGAAACAUUUCACAUCUAAGUAGAAGAAAUGUUCCUAAGAUAUUAAGAAAAAGAUCUUUCCCGUUCAA